GCGAGAGGCCUAUGUUUGCAUGAUAAACUACUGCUGACCCAGCACAAUGGGCCUGACGCUGGGGAUAACAACAACUCUCGUGGGAAGCAAGGACAGACCAGGACAAAAACAAAGUAUCUCUGGUGAGCGGAGGCCGUGUGCUCAGCGAUCUCCGCCUUCAGGAAGCCUCCCGUCAGCGUCUCCGUCAGUGCCUCGCUGAGGAUCGACUCCGUGCCUCGUGACUGACUAAGACUAAUGUGUAGUGUCCCGUCUUCAGACUCAGGGAGUGCGGACGCUUGUGCUGUCGGCGCGCCGGGGACAUUUCCCGUCGGCGCCUCCGUCAUUCCGGGGGGUAUUUGGAGUGUAUUACAGGAAAAGAUAGUAUACAGCGAACUAGUUUGACAUCUGCAAGUGGAAGCGUCCCGAUUGCCACAGCAUCGGGCCUUGCACGCAACAAAGCACCGGCCCGAGGGGCGCAUGUGACCUCGGACAACUCUACGUAUGUUGAAUAUCAUCCUUUACCAACAAACCUCGACAAAGACCAGCGGUGACCACCCCAACUAGUCUAGCCGGUGACCCAGAGCCACAACACCCCUCCUGCACGCCCCUGCCGGCGCCUCUGCCUAGGGAAGGUUGUUCAGUUGACGGUGGCGGACAGCACUCUCCCGUCCCGGCCACCGCGGGAGCAACAUCAUCGAGGAAGUGGUACCCCAGCUUAGUCGGUGAUUUAGAGCAACAAUGCCCCUCCUGCACGCCCCUACCGGCACCUCUGCCCAGGGAAGGCAGUGCAGUUGACCAUGGUGGACAGCUCGUUCACGUCCCGGCCACCGCAGGAGCAACAUCGUCGAGGGUGAUGUACUCCAACUUGAGGCAUGAUUGAGAGGGUCGACAGGCGACCCUGGGGGACCCUCCUUUGCUGUGGGGGCCCAAGGGGGGGACAGGGAGGGUACCCCCCCUGGGCAUAGCCGGGGGAAUUACUGGCUAUGUUAUUACCGGCACAGAAGUGUAGAGUGUACACGUGCCCAACCCAACACCUAAAGGUAGAGGUGUCGGGGUUAAAGACAUGCCAUGCCAUUGGCCGGUCGGAUAGAACGUAGGUUAGCAGUGGGGGGACGGCAACUCCUAAGGAGUCGCUGGUCCCCCGUUACCGCCCCGUGGGGCGUAACAUAUUGGCGCAGUGAGUAGGAUCUGAUCUCGCCUCUGGCAUGGCUAGCUUAGCUGUUAGACCUCCAAGACAGGCAGGGAAUCGCCCGGUAGUAAGCGCGGGGUGCUCGGCAGCAACAGGUAACGGACCCACCACAUCAGAGUAUGAAUGGAUAGAGUGACUGGUUGACUGUGACUUCGUGGCGAGCACUUCCGGAUGACUGCAGAGGCCUGUUGGGCUACCACGCGGCCACUGUCGUUAGGGUUUCUUCUGGACGCCGUCGCUGUUCGUUACUGGGAGUGUCUGCGUGUGAGAGGACUAACACUAUAGGAGGAGGACAACGGGUCGGCGCAUGAGGAAGGGAAUAAGGAACCCAGUUCUUGCCAACAGGUGUGGGGUCUGUAUCUGCUGUACCGCGGCAGAUGGGUGGAGGACAGUACCUGGCCCGCGACCGACCCUUUUCACACUCUUUGUUAGGCGAGCCACUCAGAUAAUCUAUGCAUGCCAACGGGGAACGCCUCCCGGGACGUGCCUCGGCCCAGGGCCGACUGUGACACUCCCGUAGGCCCAGCGGGGCAUCAAAUACGCCAGGCCCGGCGGGGCAUCUAAUACGCCAGGCCCGGCGGGGCAUCAAACACACCACAUCGAGGGACAGAGGGACCGUAGGAGAAUCAGCCACAACGAGGGAUAGAAACACGCCGAGGUGUGGGCACCCCCAGGUAUAAACCGAGGUUUAGGAUCAUAAGGAAUGACCCGAAGUAUUUGGUAGGUCCUCCCCAUUAGGUAGUGGUAUGUAGGUAGGAUGAGGAUGCGGAGGCUGAUAGUGGCGCACGCCCCUCCAUGGCUCCCGGAAAAGGGCACUACGAACGGCACACCCUACGUUAGGCUCCUCCCUGGCCGCCCAUUUAGGCUACUUGGUGGUUUCUUUCUCAGUGCAUGACACCUGGCAAUACGUUGUGAGCACGAUUGUGUACAUGGGCAGAGGGAUGAAUGCCACCAUUUCCAACAGGUCUCCUCAGAAGCACUGCAGGCUGUAGCUGAGCGACAUGGACGCAAAGCGACCACCUCCCUUCUGUGCUGCCCGGCAGACGAUCCAGGAAUGGAUCAAACUCUUCGAGCUCCACUGCCGGAGGAAGAUGAGAAGGCAACCUGGUACCGCCUGACGAUCGUUCCCGACAGCAGAGGCCUACCUGACGAAUCUCCCAGAUGACAUUUCCUGGACUCGUUUGCAGAGGAAGCUAAUCAAGAACCUGGGCUCAACUCAACUCCACGACAACGCACUGUCACGGCUGCUGGACCUCACCUGGGGCCAAGAGACCGCUCGUGGCCUCGCCAACUGAGCACUCCUGCUGGCGAGCAAGGCGCCGCCUAACUCCUCCUGUGCAACCCAGAGGCGCUUUGCCCGAGAAGGCUUCCUCCUGCCAGUGGCCUCUGCACUGGGCCAACACUGGUGUCAAACUCCCAAGGUACUGUUCUCCAAACUGAUCGAGAGAGCUGAGCAUCGACUGGGCGUCAACAACUUCCUUCUCUGCAGCUGGGAGCCCCCACACUGAGGACCCCCAUGGCUGCUGGGAUCUUUAACCUGGUCCCAGGACUGAGCCCUGCUACUGAUGCCCUAACUACUGGUGCUGCUCCAGACGCUGGUACGGUGGCCCCAUCGUCACCCGCUCACUUUCACAACAGGAACACUCGACACCCAGGUCACCACGCUGAGCGAAGGGGCAGGAGGGGCCGCCGAGAUGAACGGAACACCACCGACAAUGAAAGGUACCAGUCUUACUUCCGCCGCCUGGAUGACGAUCAGCAGAGCCCUCGCAGCUAACAAAUCGAGAUAAGGGAAUCGCGGAAAAUGCGAGCAGAACUCCUGGCUGAGGCCUGGAGGACCCAGGACUAUGCUCAUUCCUACCACGCCGAACCGCACAGCAGGAAAGUAACCCCAUGGCGGCGUCACCAAACCUUCAACACAGAGGACAUCUAGACACGUCACCCGGGGCAUGGUCCGCCCAUGACAGCUAUCCCGCACCCCAGGAGCCCUUGGUGGUGCCAUAAGAACUUCACCUUCUGCAGCCGAGGACGGCCCUUGUCAUGGAGGGGGUAAUGUUACGCCCCAAACACUCACACACACACACACACCUACACCCAAGCACUCACUCACAUACCCACAUGCAACCACACACAAGUAUCCACGCGCCUAUGGACGCGCACAUGAACUGUGAGAGGACAGUAAAUGCAGGCGAGAGGCCUGUGUUUACAUGAAGAUAGAGGUGUCAAGGGUAAAGACAUCCCAUGCCAUUGGCCGAUCGGAUAGAACGUAGGUUAGCAGUGGGGGACGGCAACCCCUAAGGAGUCGCCGGUCCCCCGUUAUCCGCCGGUGGGGCUAACAAUUAUUAUUAUUAUUAUUAUUAUUAUUAUUAUUAUUAUUAUUAUUAUUAUUAUUAUUAUUAUUAUCAUUAUUAUUGUUAUUAUCAUUAUUAUUAUUAAUAUUAUCAUUACUAUUGUUAUUAUUAUUAUCAUUAUUAUUAUUAUUAUUAUCAUCAUCAUCGUCAUUAUGCUCACUAUUAUUACUACUAGUACUUUUUUUAUGUAGGAGGGCCACUGGCUAAAGACAACAAAACUGAGGAAAAAAGGCCCACUUGAGUGCUAAUGAAUGCAAAACAGAAAAAAAAAUACAGAUGAAAAGUGUGAAAAGUCUCUCUCUUGAAAGAGUUCAAGGUCAUAGGAAGGAGGAAAUGCAGAAGUAGGCACGGAGUUCCAGAGUUUAUCAGAGAAAAGGAUGAAUGAGCUCAUAAUACUGGUUAACUAAUGCAUUAGAGAGGUGGACAGAAUAAGGGUGAAAGGAAGUGCAGAGUCUAUGCAGCGAGGCCGCAGGAGGAGGGGGGAAGCAUGCAGUUAGCAAGCUCAUAAGUGUAGUUAGCUUGAAAAUUGUAUUCGAAGAUAGCAAGAGAUGCAGCAUUGCGGCGAUGAAAGAGGGAGGCUGAAGACAGUUAGAGGAAGUUGCUAGGACGAAAUGCUUUUGAUUCCAUUGUCUGAAAGUGCAUUAUGAGUGGAACCUCUCAAUACAUGUGAGGCAUCCUCUAUACAUGGACGGAUAAGACCCUUGUACAAAGUUCGCAGCUGUGGGGGUGAGAAAAAUUGGAGGAGACGGCUCAGAACGCCUAACUUUAUAAAUGUUUUAACUUGACAUGGACGUGAAAUUUACAGUUUAGAUUAUAAGUAAAGAACAAAACGAGGUUGUUCAGUGUAGAAGAGAACAGUUGAGUGUCACUGAAGAAAAGGGAAUAGUUAUCUGGAAGGCUGUGACGAGUUGAUGGAUGGAGGAAUUGAGUUUUUUGAGCCAUUGAGCAAUAUUAAGUUUUGCUCUGCCCCAGUCAAAAAUUUUAGAGAGAUCCGAAGUCAGGCGUUCUUUGGUUUCCCUGCCUCGGUUAUUUAAUAUCUGAAGUGUUGGACGUGUGUCAUGUAUGAAAAGACGGUGAAAAGUGCAUGUAUAAUCAGCGUAGGAGUGGAUAGGACAAGAAGUUUGGUUAAGAUCAUUGAUGAAUAAUAGGAAAAAAGUCGGUGAGAGGACGGAACCCAGAGGAACACCACAAAACAGUGACCGUUUACUAAACCAGCAACAGAACGGUCAGAAAAGAUACUUGAGAUGAAGUUAGAGAGAGAAGGAUAGAAGCCGUAAGAGGGUAGCUUAGAAAUGAAAGCUUUGUGCCAGACCCUAGCAAGAGCUUUUGGAAUGUCUAAGGUAAUAGUGAAAGUUUCACCAAAAUCCCUAAAAGAGAAUAACCAAGACUUAGUAAGAAAAGUCAAAUCACCAGUAGAACGACCACGAUGGAACACAUACUGGCAAUCAAAUAUAAGAUUGCAAAGUUUAAGAAUCUUCCUGUAGAGGAUAGACUCAAAAUCUUUAGAGAUACAGAAAAUCAGAGCAAUAGGACGGUAGUUUCAGGGAUUAGAGCAGUCAAUAUUUCUAGGAACUGGCUAAAUGUAGGUAAACUUCCAACAAGAAGGAAAGGUAGAUGUUGAUAGACAGAACUGGAAGAAUUUGACUAAGUAAAGCAUGCACGGAGGCAAAGUUUCGGAAAACAAUAGGAGGGACCCCAUCAGGUCAGUAAGUCUUCCGAGGGUCAAGGCCAGCGAGGGGGCGGCAGAAAACAUCACUGCGAAUAUCAUAAUAUGUUGCAUGAAUUAGUUGGAGGAUGGAGGAGAGGGAGGAACAGGCCCUGAAUCAUCCAAGGUAGAGUUUUUACCAAAAGUUUGAACGAAAAGUUUAGCUUUAGAGAUAGAUGGCAGUGGUGCCAUCAGAUUGAAAUAAGUGAGGUAAGAUGAAGAAUUAGUUAUUACAAAUGUUUUCGGCUUGUUACCAAAAGUCACGAGGGAAGUUAGAUGUUGAAAGAUUUUGAUAUUUUUUAUUGACGAAAAAGUUUUUAUCUUGUUGGAGUACAAACCUGGCAUGAUUCCGGCCAGAUAUAUAAAAUGCGCGAGAUUCAGGUAAUGGAAGGCAUAAGUACCUUUUUGAGGGCCACCUCUUUAUCAUGUAUAGCACGAGAACAGACUGGGUUAAACCAUGGUUUGGAAGGUUUAGGGGGUAAUAAAAGAGUGAGUAAUGUGCGCCUCUAUGUUACACACUAUCUCUUCUGUUAUGCGCUCACCACGCAGAGACAGGUCUCUAACUCAAAAGGAAAAUCAGAGUAAUACCUCCUCAGGUCCUCCCAAUUAGUAGAUGCAAAAUGACAGAGGCACCUAAACUUCAGAGAAUCCUGAGGAGGAAUUGGAGCGAUUGGACAAGAUGCAGAUAUGAGGUUGUAAUCGGAGCCCAACAGAGAAAACAGGGUGACAGCAUAAGCAGAAGGAUUAAAGUUAGGAAAUACUCAAGAAUGUUGGAUGUAUCUCCAAGACGGUAAGGAAUAUGAGUAGGGUGUUGAACUAACUCUAGGUUGUGACAGAUAGCAAAGUUAAAGGCUAAUUCACCAGAUUAGUUAGUGAAGGGAGAAGAAGGCCAAAGCUGGUGGUAAACAUUAAGGUCUCCAAGAAUGGAGAUAUCUAGGAAAAGAAAGAGUCAAGAUUCCUCUACUUUGGAAGUUAAAUAGUCAGACUUUUUUAGUCAGAGCUGUUAGGUGAGAAUAAAACAGCACUGAUAAAUUUAGUUUGAGAAUGACUCUGUAGUCGUAGAAAGACGGGAGAAAAUUCGUGAGAUUCAUGAGCGUGGGCACGAGAGAAAGUUAGGUCGUUUGCACAUAGACACAACAUCCAGCUUUGGACUGAAAAUUAGGAUAGGGGAAGUAAACGGCAAAAGAGAAGGGACUACUGUCAGUUGUCUCAGACACCUGCGUUUCGGUGAGAAAAAGAUGAAAUUUAGAUCUAAGACCGCGAAUCUUGCAGAAAUUAAUGAAGAAAAGUUGUGGGGUCUGUUAAGACACUUUGGGUCGAUACCAGGAGAAGAGCAGUCCGAUCUGGGAACGUUUUUGGUCCCUUUCCAGAUGGGGACUCCGAGGCUGGUGUAUGAGUCACCAUAUAAUUUUGAAUUUUUGUAUCAGCCAUAUCAUCAUUAUUACUAUUAUUAUUAUUAUCGUUGUUAUAUAUAUUUCAUCAUUUCAUGUUGCGUGUCCUAUUUUGUUCAGUAUGCCUCCACAUGGUGAAUCCGUCCUAUUUUUAUCUUCUAGUCGUACUCCACUCUCAAAAGGAGCUUCCGCAUUUCCUCACAUUCCUGACCGGGUCUCUUAGGAGAACACUUGAAUUGCCUUCCUCACAGGUCAUUGGUCUAAUUUCUGGUGACCUGUGAUUGGUUCAUUUACUCCCAUUUGUAGCAUCUGAUUGGUCUAAUUUUCAUUUCUACUAUUGUUGGGUUCCUUCUGAUCCUGAUCCGGAAGUUUUACAUAAAAAGACUUGUGUAUGUAGUUUGAGCCAGUCAUCUGAGUUCAGAGGGUCAGAGAGAAAGUCGAAAGCAUCAAGUAACGUCUGUCAUUUUAGUGUCUCUCAAGUUCACACGUGUACUUUAUCUUGACGUCUAAGUGUACAUUAUUACCAUUAUUAUCUUUAAAAGAAGAAAGGUGAUAAGUGUUGUGUGUUUCCUUUAUUCGCACAUAAAACAAUCUAAUCACUACCCACGCAACCAUAUAUUAACAUUAUCGGACAGUCAACGAGCCACCACAUCUGUUACUGCUACCAUCAUCUCAAAACACCACCCAGUAACAACCAGUAAGGUUGGCUAUUCAUAUGUUGUUACUACAACCAUAACAGGUGCCACUGUCUACCAUCACUACUGCUACUACUACCACUAAUUCAUCUACUACUACUACUACUACUACUACUACUACUGUAUCGUGAUAUUUUAUAAUUUGGGAUUAACUUGUACUUGUGUUCUUGAAAAUCUCAUUCCCCACCACUCUCACUUAGUAGUCUGAAUGACGUAUAUUGUGAGAGUUUGUGUUAGUGAUCAAAUGUAACUCACUCAGCUGAGAUUAAUCUGGGAAAAAUAACAACAAAGUCAGAUAGAGGAGGAUAUUAGCUGAGACAGGAAGUAGAAGGAGACGAUAAGUUGGAUACAGUAGUGUUAAGUAGUACGGGUAGGAAUGACAGCCAAUUCGGGAAGGCCAGGUCCCCGCGGAGUGAUUCAGGAACUAGAGGGAAUAGAGGAGGAACAUAAACCCGGCUGGCAACUGGCUGGCUGGCAACAGGCUGGCAGAUUGCAGUGAGUGACGACCCACAUUCAUACAGGUGCGUCUACAAUCGGUGGCUACAAGCGACGAGUCUGGAUGCCUAGAAGGCGACAGUCUAGUGGGUGCACCGGUAUUUUAUCUGUGAUAUCAGCAUUCUAGGCUGCUUCCUCACCCCACCUGCAAGGCAGCUUGGCCGUGGAUGCCAGGCGCCAGUCACCCUUUGACUCCCACUCUGCUUGGGAGGACGCAAGUCCAGCCACCUUGGUUGGCCGAGGACGGCGCUACCCAGCCUCCCAGAUAAGCCAAAGUGGGAAUUCCGUAGUCUACCAAGUAGGAUAGUUAGAAAAACCUUCCCUUCUCCUGGUCUACACCCAGGGAAUCCUCCUCUGCCUGGUUAUAGGGGUUAAGAUUUCCUAUUUGUUGCUGAGUCAAAGUUAACUUAAUCCAUGUUUUGAUGUGAUUCUUUUUCUUAUUAAUUUUCGCCUAGCAAAUUCCAGGAAAUAUUCACUUUCUCACCCGUUAUCACUCCCUCAGUAGUGUAAUCCAGCUGAGUGGCAUAAGUGGUAAGUGUAAUUAGGAGGCAUUUAUUUAAUGUUUGUUGAUAUUGUCAAUAUAUGACCAGACUAACCGCCACAUAUUUUAGUGUCAACAGUGCUACAUAGUGUGGUGCCAGGAGUACCGGCACACUACUACUACUACUACUACUACUACUACUAUUACUACUAUUACUACUGCUGCUGUUGCUGCUGCUGCUGCUGCUGCUGCUGCUACUACUAGUACUACUACUACUUCUACUACUACUACAGUGCUUCUACAACUGCUGCUGCUGGUGGUGCUGAGUUCUGUGGGUGUACUACUUAUCUAUCUGGUUUUGUAACCAAAUUUCCUCCAUUAUAAUUAAAAGACGUCGAAUUAGUUCACACUAUUGUUGUGUUAUUGCUAAAUAUCAUUAGUAUCUAUUUAUCAAUCAAUCUAUCAAUUUUGAGUAUAAAUUAUACUUAUUCUUCCCUCCUCCGUGGCCCAGAACUGAUGGAAGAUCACCAUGUAUAUGACCACGAAGCGCAGGUGUGAAAAAAAAAAAAAAGAACAAGAAGCAAGGCAAUAGUCACACAACACUGGAGGACUGGCUGUACUCGUAGGUCUGCGGCGGUGGUCUGCAAUGCAUAUCAGAAAUGAACGUGUGGGGGAGUAACUUUGUGUGUUGAGGGAAGAAGAGAGAGAGAGAGAGAGAGAGAGAGAGAGAGAGAGAGAGAGAGAGAGAGUCCUCUAUCUUUUGUCAACAUAUUUUUAAAUAGAUCAGGAUGCGGCCCAUACUGAAGUUUGGAUGUCUCUGGGUCAUAUCGAGCAAGUAUCCGAGCUGAGGUGGACAGGAGCAGCAGCAGGAUAUUACAACGAAUGUGGCGGCGUGGUGGACACUCAGCAGCAUCACACGGGCGUCCUCACCUCCCCAGGCUAUCCCGACCACUACCCCGAGAACGCCACCUGCACCUGGAUCCUUCAGGCGCCACUCCAUGAGAAGAUCCGCCUGGAAUUUCAUGACUUUGACGUUACUGGAUCAGCUGGUUGUCAUGGAGAUUACGUAAGCAUCUCUUCUCGAGCACCGCGGACGAGCAGCGGAGGAAGUGGAGAAGAAGCAGAGGAGAGGUACUGCGGUGCCCUAGGACCAGGUGUCGUGACCUCAGCAGGAGACACAUUGGUAGUGACUUUCGCGUCUAAUGCCAAAGGAUCUUGUCGAGGCUUUAAUGCGUCAUACAGCGUGAGGGAAGAAUGGGUCACGUGCGGCUCAGUCACCCAGGCCGAAGAGUUCACCUUCGCUUCGCCCUCCUACCCCGACUCGCUGCCCGCCUCCCCCCUGCAGUGCUCCGUCACGGUGGACCACGGCUGCGACUCUCCCAUCUGCCAGCUCAGGUUGGACUUUGACGAGUUCAUGCUGCAGCCACCGUACUGGGGCGAGUGCAAAUACGACCGUUUCUACGCCGAGAGCACCACGCCCCUUCCCUUCCUCUGCGGGGCUAACAAUGAAUCCCACAUGUAUGUGAACGUAGAAGGUCGGAGCAAGACUGAGCUAACCUUCUUGCUUCAGGAGUUGGAAUAUUACCUUUAUAAUUGCUACGACAUCUACGGCAGUGUCACGGAUGAGCAGACUGGAGAUCAGGAGGAGGAGGAGAAGGAGGGAGCAAAACAGGACCCACAAGAGAAGUCGCUGAGGAAAGAAAGAGAAGGAAUGGACGUGAGAGACUCCAGAGGAAGACGCAGUGCCGACAAAUUUCUGGGCUCUGGGCACGAUGAGAAACUUGGCCUCCGACAUGUGAGAAGGAAAGUCCGCCAGGCACCCACCACCGCCACCCCAGCCGCCACCACCACCGCGCCCGUCACCACAUCUCCCACCACCACCACCACCACCACCUCCACCACCACUACCUCCACCACCACAGAGGCAGACGUCACAGUAGCUCUUUACAAUUAUAAGGACGCCGAGGUGGUGACCUUCCCAACCCGGCGGGCGUGGAGGAUCCGCGUCACCCAAAUCCCGUGUGACUGUCCCAAGGCCCGCGUGCCCAAGGCUCCCGUGGGUUGCCUGCAGUACUAUCGCGGCCUCACCGGCGAACUCAAGAGCUUCAACUUUGAUGGCGUUGGCUGCUACUCGGAGGAUCGCUGGUGUGACUUCUCGACCAUCAACCACGCCUCAGACUGUGACAUCAGGGUGGGGUACACAGGUCACUACAACAACCUUGACUAUAGCGUGUGUGUGGAGCCAGAGUCAGGGUUUUGCGGCAUCCAGUACCAGCAGGUGGGACGCAACGGUUUCUCCCUCACCAACGUGACUCACUUCAGGGAUGAGGACGCCACCCCGCUGGCCGAGGUGGCGGACGAGAGCUGCAUGUCUGACUACCUGUGGGUGCCGGGAGCCAGGGAUGACCAAGGCAGCUACAGCUACGAACGGUUCUGUGGCACAAAGCUGGGGAACGCACGCAAGUGGGGCACCGUCACCAGUUACUCGAAGCCCUUCCACGUCCGCCUCGUGACGGAUUCAGACGAGCACAGCAUGUUAGCUGACUACAUGAACCGCGGCUUCCACCUCACUUACUCCCAGAUUCCGUGCAAGCUGUCGGGUUAGCUCACGUGCUUUAGUACUAAGGACACAGAGAAAAAAAGGCGAAAGGAAUAAGAUAACGUUUUUCUUUUCCUUUUCUCACAAAAGUAACAUAUAAGACAGACCAAGUAGCAAAGAAAUAUUUAUCUUAUUCUCUCAACAAACAAAACAUAUUUAGACGCAGAAAUAUCACAGCAACAAGGCAGACCAUGCUUAUAGAUAUUACGACACAGAACAACAUUGAAUGCUGUGAGCUACGUCCUACAAGAAGAACCAAUGACAGCCUUGUUUUACGACAGGUGAAAGAAUUUUGUAUUAGCAGUGAAAAUGCUCCUACCUUAAAGUAAUUUCUUUAAGCCCACUAACUUAAGUCAAAUAUAACAUGUAGAAAUGAAUAUAUCAGUUUAUGUUCUUAUAAGGAUGUGCUGCAGGGCACAUUUCAUAAUGUAAUAACCUGCGAGUAUUGUAUGGAAAUGUGUGCUUAUAGUUAGUACAGAUGUAAAGUGUUCUUGUCUCGUGUAAAGAUUCGGCACUGACUUGCCACCACUCGGACCCAUUAGACAGCAUAAGGAUGUGUUGAAUAAAGGGGUGAUUGUGACUCGUUA